CUAACAAAGGCCGACAGAACUUUCUCAAUUUUGACCGCACAAGUCUGGAUCUAUUUCUGGAGACAUAGAAUUCGGUCUCGAGAGAACAGGCAGAACAAAGCUCUGGUUGCCUUCAUUUGGUUGAUGCAAGCUGUUGAAAUGACAAUUACUAUUCGGCUAUCGACCGUUCAUAUGAUGGAGUUCGAUGAUAGAUCCCAUUUCUAUGGCUAUAUGUCGACCGACUGGGCGCUUUAUACCGGAAUAUGCUCCUUCACCAUGUCCCUUGUGCAUAGCGUCUUCAUAUAUAGGGUCUUCAGACUUGAGAAGAGUCUCUAUGGCAAACGGAGAAUAACAUUUGUUCUGAUUGCAUUUUGUGCCAUGGAGCAAGUUUUUGGUCUUCUUACUGCAAUCUUCAUUGCCAAUCUUAAUGAUAAUUUUGACUACAAUAUCACAAGGAUGAAGUGGUCUACCUCGAUCGCGCUUGGUUGUUCAGCAAUCAAUGAUGUUCUCAUCGCUGGAACUUUGAGCUACAUUCUCUACAAACACAGCAAAGGCGUGUCGCCAAGAGCUAGUCAAAUGAUCAUGAAACUCAUCAUAUUCUGCUCGCAAACGGGUCUGAUUACAACGCAAGUUACUUGCGUGGCGGCAUCCAUCACCAUUGCACUUUGGGUGGCCUGCCGUUUCGAGAUUUUUCAUCUAUACAUGUGUAUUCCUAUUGGAGGGUUAUAUGCUACAUGUCUUCUCGCCAACUUCAUCGCUCGGGAAUCCUACUUGCAGCCACAGACAGUCUACGAACCCGAGAUUUCCGAAAUCAGUCUCAGUUUUGGACCUUUCACGCAGGUGAUUCAUGUGGGCUUGCCCAACGAUAACCCAGGGCAGCAGGAAACAUUGUCAAUGCAAGAACGAACACAUUCCUCGAAAGCGUCUUCCUAUUAA